CGGGCAGAUCCAGGCGCAGGCCCACAGCCGACGCUGAGCGGCGGGGGGCCGCCCGGCCUGCUCCCGGCGAGGGUGCGGCCGCGGGCUCCAGGCCCGGCACCCGGACGGGCGGAGGCGCCAACAUCGUAGGGAGCCCAUCACAAAUACUUAAGAUGUGAAAACAGCAACGAGCUGACAGACGGCGAGGAUGCCACACGGGCAUCUCGGGGGCCCCGGCCCGCGAGGGGGCCCACCUCUGGCCGCGCGGCCUGCGUCUGGGCCCGGCCGCAGCGGGCAGACCGCCGGGGUCCGGGGAGCCCCGCGGGGGCUCCAGGCCACACCCUCCUCCAGGCUGGAACGACCCGAACCACCACCCUCACCCGGACCCGUGGCCGCCCUCUGGCGCACGAUGAGCCGGUCAGCCCCUGGGGCCCGGCGGGCCAAACCGAAGACCUUUCUGGAGGAAAACAUCGUCCCGCUGGGCCUCAACUUACUCUUACAGGAGGAGCCAUCAUGCCAUGUGAGAGAUUAACCCCAUCUCACAAUAAUAUAGUUGCUUCCAAUGACAUCACAGACAGUGACAUCCCGUCAGUACUGGGACGUGUAACUACUGACAUUACAACUCAAUAAAUGCAGGGUGUUUAAGGAAGGGUUAACAGAGGAAAAUGCAAGAGGUGUAAAGCAAAACUCAAGUUACAGAUGUGCAAGAAAAAUCUCACAACUAAGCUGAAAUCCUCUAUUUAUUUUGGCUGCACCAACCUAACACGCCAAGUAUUAUCGAGAAAGGCAGGAAAGCUGCAGCAGGGAAGAAUCUCCAGCACUGCAUUUUCAUCCACACAGCGAAAAGAAAAAUUCAACAUUAACCUUCCCAGAGAAGCGAUGUGCCUCCAGACCACCU